AUUUAAAAAAAGAGGGUAUUAUUGUGAUUAUCCAUCUACCUGAAAGCAAAAAUCUGAAAACGUAGCCUUUAAGGGAGAGAAAACAACGAGAGCUCCAGUUACAGUUGUCCCGUCAUUCAAGAUUUCCCUUCUCUUCCCAUUUCGCCCUUCCCUCCUUCCCUUUAUUUACACUCCUUGCCACUCUCCGCCAUUGUCGUUUCCCUCUUCCCUCCUUCUUCUCCCUAUGUCGUUUCGCAUUUCCAGCUCCGAAGCUCGACCUGACUCUCUCAAACGCUGCGGUUAGAGUUGAACAAAAAGGCCUUCUUUGAUCUGUGAGAAUAAAUUUGAGAAGGUGAAAGAUGAACCGGAGCUUUAGGGCUCAGCAAGAAACGGCAAUGCAAGCGGCGGCGUUGAAACAACGGCAACAAUUAAGAGCUUCGAUGUUGAAAGAGAAAGAGGAAGAGCUCGCAUUGUUUCUGGAGAUGCGAAAACGUGAGAAAGAACAGAGUAAUCUUCUUUUCAAUCACUCCUCCGAAGACUUCGAUGCUCCUUUAGGAUCUAAACAUGGAGCUUCACCGAUCUUCAAUCUUUCGGCAUCGACAACUACGCCGGCGAGAAAGGCGGGCGGUGCUGCUGAUGAUUUUCUUAAUUCUGAUAGUGAUAAAAAUGACUAUGACUGGCUUUUAACGCCUCCUGGUACUCCUCUUUUUCCUUCCUUGGAGAUGGAGUCGCAAAAGACUUUAAUGAGUCAGAUUGACAGUCCUAGGGCUCACCUGACUACCAUGAAAUCUAGACUAGCAAAUCCCCAGUUAGAGUCUGCUGCCAGAGGCAACUUAGCACCGAAGCAACCAGCUUUGUCCCCUGGGUUAAAUUCUACAGGGAUUCGCAGGCCCUCAUCAUCAGGGGGUCCAGGUUCUAGACCUGCAACACCCACCGGACGCCCUACUUUGACUGGAGCAUCUAAAUCUAGAAGGUCAUCAACACCGACAACUCGGGCCACAUUACCGUCAACUAAGCCCUCAAUUUCUGCAACUAAGCCUGUAACAUCUGCAGCAAAGCCUGUAAUAUCUGCAACUAAACCUGCAACAAAACCUGUAGCAUCCACAACUAAGCCCACAAUUUCUGCGGCCAAGACUGCAUCUUCUGCAACUAAACUGAUGGUUUCUGCUAGAUCCUCCACACCAACAAGGUCCACAGUUAGGUCUUCAACACCAACUGCAAGAGCUUCUAUACCUUCAUCCAAACCUGUAUCAAGAGCAGCCACACCAACUCGUCGAACAUCAACUCCAUCAAGUGCUCCUAAUAUAUCUGCUUCUCCAAUUAAAUCAUCUCCUUCUGUUACAAAGCCAGCUCCUGCAACUUCCAGAAAUUCUGUACCAUCAUUUGGUGCCUCUCUGACGGUAAAAUCUAGACCAUGGAAACCUUCUGAGAUGCCUGGUUUCUCCCUUGAUGCUCCACCAAAUUUAAGAACAACACUACCUGAUAGACCUCUUUCAGCCUCAAGAGGUAGGCCUGGAGCACCAAGUUCUCGAUCUUCUUCUGUUGAACCGGGUCCUACUGGUAGACCAAGACGGCAAUCAUGCUCUCCUUCAAGAGGACGUCCCCCUUAUGGUGCUAUGCUGCAUGUCAGUGGGAGCUCUGUUCCUGCAGUUAGUCGUGGGUAUUCCAAAGUGAGUGACAACUUGAGCCCCGUUGUAAUUGGAACUAAAAUGGUUGAGAGGGUGAUAAACAUGCGGAAACUGGCACCACCCAAGCAAGAUGAUAGACAUUCUCCUCAUGGUAACUGGUCUGGGAAGUCUGCAUCACCAGAUAGUUCUGGUUUUGGAAGAACACUUUCAAAGAAAUCGCUGGAUAUGGCUAUAAGGCAUAUGGAUAUAAGGCGAAGCAUUCAUGGUAAUUUACGACCAUUGAUGACAAAUAUUCCAGCAUCGUCUAUGUACAGUGUGAGAUCUGGUCCUACACGAAGCAGAACUAUUAGUGUCUUGGAUUCCCCUCUUGCUACAAGCAGUAAUGCUAGUUCGGAGCUUAGUGUCAACAAUAAUGGCAUUUGUAUAGAUGGCAUCGAAAUGGAAGAUGAUAUUGGCAGUGAUCGAGGUGGUCGAUCCCCUGCCAGUUUGCAUGCCAGAUGAUGGUCAUGAUAUAGAAUAAUGAGAUAUGACCAUACAUUAUUGUUUUAAAUCUACAAGAUUCGACAUUUGGAAGAGAACCAAUUUCCAGGAUGAACCACGUCGGAAUCAUUAUUCUAAUUUCAAUGUAAAGCUAAUUAGAUUUGUCUAAUGUUGUGUAAUUCACGGUUGUUGUAUUAUAAACCUAGGUAGAUGUUAAACAUAUUUUAGUUUCCAAAAUUUACACGGUGAGUUGUUGUGAACUAGCUUUGAAAUGGUGAAAGCUUGUCAAUUGAAAACCAGUGAUCAGCUUAUUUUCUUUCUACCCCACGGUUCCUAAUUGGAAUGAAUUUAUU